UGUGUGCAGUAGUGCCUUCCUCUGCUUCUCAGUUGCUUGCUUAGCAAUGCUGCUCACAGUGUGUGUCUGAGCCUCGAGGAUUCACAGCACCCCCAAUCACACCACCCCAGGAUCUAUAGCCAUUCAGACCCGGGACACUCACAUGAAGGAUCCAGCUUUCUAUUCAUCUGGCUUCUAUCGCACCAGGAGGGCUGGCAUUAACUAGGAACUGGAGUUGUUCUGCUGUGCUGUUCUUCUCUCUCUCAUCCCUUGAAUGGGACGAGUGCUGAUAGAACAGAAAGGGUUACGGAUAUGAACUGAGUCUGUGCAAGAGCAAAGAAAAGCAUACAUUCAUCCCUUUGUCAUAUUCUUUCUGAGCCAGUUGUUUGUUCUGCUUUCCUUGACCGAGCAGCCCAUAUACUGUGGAUUUGACGUCUCCCUGUAAUUUGCAGCUGCAAACAGGGUUGGGACGUCGUCAGGAUGAUCUCCCCGAAAGACAAGCCCAAGAAGAAGCCCCCUAAAGACAGUAUGACCCUCCUGCCCUGCUUCUACUUCGUCGAGCUGCCGAUCGUAGCCUCCUCGAUGGUCUCUCUGUAUUUCCUGGAGCUCACAGACCUGCUGCGACCGGCGCAGGUGGGGUUCCGCUGCCACGACCGAUCACUCAGCAUGCCCUACGUGGACAGCGGAGACGAGCUGAUCCCACUGCUCAUGCUGCUGAGCCUGGCCUUCGCAGGCCCUGCUGCCUCAAUUAUGCUUGGAGAGGGUCUGGUCUACUGCCUGCAGUCUAGACUGAAGCUGAGGCCCAGGGUAGAGGGCAGCAUCAACGCUGGUGGCUGCAAUUUCAACUCCUUUCUGCGCAGGACUGUAAGGUUUGUGGGUGUCCACGUGUUUGGUCUGUGUGCUACAGCCCUGGUGACAGAUGUGAUCCAGCUGGCCACUGGCUACCAUGCCCCCUUCUUCUUGACCGUCUGCAAGCCGAACUACACCAUGCCAGGGGUGUCCUGUGACUCCAACCCCUACAUCACCCGGGACAUCUGCGCAGGGUCCGACCAGCACGCCAUUGUGUCUGCCAGGAAGACAUUCCCAUCCCAGCAUGCCACGCUGUCUGCCUUUGCUGCUGUGUAUGUUUCAAUGUACUUUAACUCAACGAUCUCUGACAGCACCAAGCUGCUGAAGCCCAUGCUGGUGUUUGCAUUCGCCAUCGCGGCCGGCCUCUGUGGACUCACGCAGAUUACUCAGUACCGCAGUCACGCCAUCGACGUCUACGUGGGCUUCUUCAUCGGAGCUGGCAUCGCUGCUUACCUGGCCUUCCAUGCCGUGGCAAACUUCAAAUCCUCUGAGGACGCCUCUCCCUGCGUUCCCCAGCCGCCCCCCAAGGAUGCCCUCCGUGCCCUGACUCAGCGAGGCCACGACUCUGUCUACCAGAAGAACCACCCGUCCGAGAGCACAGACGAACUGGCCGCCCCCCAGAGGAUGCAGGGCCUGAAUCGCCAGGUUCAGCGGGAGAAAGUGUCCCUGGGCAGCCUGAAGCGGGCCAGUGUAGAUGUGGAGCUCCUUGCCCCCCGCAGCCCCAUGGGCAAAGAGAACAUGGUCACCUUCAGCAACACCCUGCCGCGGGUCCACACCCCUUCCACGGAGGACCCAGCCCGGCGCCACAUGACCGUUCACGUGCCUGUCGACCCCCUGCGCUCCAAACAGCUGCUGUCGGAGUGGAAGCAGAAAUCCAUGGAGCUCCGAAGUGUCGGGCUGAGCUUAGGAGUGGAUGAGGAGCGGGAUGGGAGUUCAGAAUGCUCCGAUUCAGGAGAUGAUGUUGAAGAGGAGGACUUGGUAGUCCCAUCUUCUUUGUAUCCCACAGUCCAGGCUCGACCCAGUGCAGGCCCAGGAGCAAGGGUAGUGAUCCCUCCCAGACCGGUGGCUCCUCAGCUGGUACACAUCCCAGAAGAGGCCCCCCCUCCAUCCCCUAAAGGCUGUUCGGGUGCCCGGGCCAAGUGGAUCUCCAUAGCUGAGAAGACAGCAGCAGCGGUCCCUGCCCCAACACCUUCCUCGCUGCGGGCUGCCAACCAGCCUCGGAUCAUGCAGGUGAUCGCUAUGUCCAAGCAGCAGGGGCUGAUUUCAGUGACCCCCAAGCACUCGGAGACAUCUUCAUCCACUUCUUCCAGCUCUGAUUCUCCCCUCUACAGACCCCCUUCCGAGCGGGAUAGCUCCAGCAUUGUCACUGUAGACGCUCAUGCUCCUCAUCAUCCCAUAGUGCACGUUUCAUCAGGGAAUGGAGGACCUUGGGAAUGGAAGACUGCAGCUAACAAUGGCGGGAGUGCAUCCGAGCUCAAGGAAGCGUACGAACUUAACGAUCUGAAUCGGGAAUGUGGUCGGAAUUACCGGUCAGUGAAAAGCGUUUCUCCGGCGUCUUCAGCCAGCGAUCCUGAUUCAGAACUGACCACAGGCCACGCGGAGUUGGCUUCGGAAAGUCGGAGCCGGGAAUCCACACUCCGGAGGAAAACCGGAACGGGAAUUUCGGGACAAGAACGAGAGGGAAUCCCGAUACAGACCGAGCAAGAUCCGUUCUAUAAGAAAUUGCAAACCGGACGAAGGUUUAAAGAGUGAAUCAACUAGAGCAAAUAGAAACCCUCUUCAGAAUGUAAACUACGAGGAACAUGAAUCUACGUGGAGUUUCAGAUCUUAGGUUUAGGCCAGAGCAUGUGAGCGAUGAAUAAUCGUGUUAUAAGGCCCAUAUGAUAUGGAUGUACCAGAAGCAACCACAAAACAUAUUUAAUAAAAUAAGAACAUUUUCAAAUGAAGUAUCUAAAACAUCAGGGCACGACGUCUGACGAUCAGUCAUUUUUAAGCCAUUUGAAGGUGUUUAAUGGAAGUCCUGACCAGUUUCAAAUAUUUCUUAUUUAAUUUUAAACACGCAAUCUAAAAAAAAAAACAUUUCUGAAAUGUUUGUCUACUUGGCUUUGCAUCAACCACUUAUUUGUUUAUCCUGGAAUAAACACAGAGAGGUGGUUCGUACAAUCCAGGCUGAUUCCCCAAUGCUCUAAAACGCUGCAGUAUAAUUGAUCAAAUACCCUUAUGUUUUACCUUCAUAGACAACUCAGUGAAUCUUUUAUUUUAUUAACCCCCCCAGUUCAUAGACACUGAUAAAGUAAAUGAACCUGAGUUUAUCUCAUUAACAAGUUACUGUAGUACGACGCACAUUACAGUACAUCACAUACAGGUGCUGUUGUUUAGAUUUGAGAGGUUCUCAGGACAAGACAACAAAACAGAAGAGGACUUCUGUUCAAUACUGGAAAGAUAAAGUGGUCAAUAUAUGGAUGAAAUGAAAACAUUUUUGACAGAAAAAUUAAAUAAACUCUUAAAAACUGAGGCACUAACUACCACUACAUACCGAUUCAUAUACUUAUGAAAUACUUUGUGACUGAAAUGAUUUGUCUGAAGCUGCGGGAGAAAGGAAGCUGUGUGUAUUCUGUAGUGACGUUCCUCUGUUCAUACUGGGGUGUUGAGUAUUCACUAGCUGUUUUUAGUUUUUAAUUUUAUUUAUUUUUCACCUUUCCCUUGCCUUUCUAUAAUGGUUAUGUUGGGUUACCUUGAUCCAAUAUUUAUUUAACAUAGUUUUUUUCCAAAUCUGUUUUUACCCACCUGUGAGAUUGUUUGGAAAAUUUGAACUGACUAAACAAACUGCCUCAUUCAAAUCAUGUGACAAAAUGACCUUUCAACUUGGCUGGUCCCAUUUAUAUAAUGUAAAGUAGGCUGGACCAGGAAAGUUUAAAGGCCACAUGGUCACAUGGUUUGAAUGAAACGAGGAAGCCUGUUCAGUGCUGGGCAGUUAGAAUUUUCCAGAUCAAAGCCAGGUAAAGAAGGGUAUAGAGCAGUGGUCCCGGGGAGCCCCUGGGUCUGCUGGUUUUCAUUUCAACUGAGCUCUCAGUUACUUAACUAGACCCUUCAUUGAAUCAUUUGCUUAAUUAGACCUUUUUAAUUGUUUAUUUCAAAUUAGCUGUAACAUUUUAUAAGCAACUUGAACUCUGCAACUGUUUAAGAGCUCAAAACAAUGAAAAAGGUCUAAUUAACAACAACAACAACAUUUUAUUUAUAUAGCACUUUUCAUAGCAAGUAUCCCAAGGCCCAAACAAAAAGUGCAUUUAAGUACAGUUAAAAGCCAGUUCAAAGUACAGUUAGAUACAAUUAAAAGACAAUUUAAAAUAAUAAGUCAAUAAUUAAGCAAACUAUCAGUUCAAUGAAGGGUCUAGUUAAGUAAUUGAGAGCUCAGUUGGAAUGAAAACCAGCAGCCAUGGGGGGUCCUCAGGACCAGGAUUGGGAAGGUCUAGAGCUAAAUGAUAAUACAUUAAUAUUGAAGCAUCAGAACCCAGAACCACGCUCAGCGACUGCAAACAUCAUGAACAGACAAGGGAAAGGAGGGGCACGUGUAUUCUAUAAAAUGAUAAAGCUACGCUCUCUUGGAAUGGGUGGGUGUUUUUUAUGUGUUAUUUUUGACUGAUAAACUAUUGGAUUCCCAGUGCUGCCAACUGUAAAUAAGACAUUUCAGUGAAAAAAAAAAACAAAGGACAAUUUUAUAACCCACUGAUAAAUCCAUUCAGUAAUUUUGACGGAUUUUCGUGUGUGUUCUUUCUUUCUAUCGUUCAUGAAGAUGGAAACGGACUGAGCCGUCUGAAUGUGCAAGUGUGCCCUGGAUCACAUGACUGUUCCAGACAGUCUGAGCCAUUGCGCUGUGCUCUCCAUGAUCUGAUUGUACAGACUGCAAACUGGCAUCCCAGACUGCAAUAAGAACUGAGCAGAAACACUGUCUUAGGGAUGGGAGAACGCUCGCAUAUAAAGAGCUUGGUUUUACGGCUUGGUAACUGGAUUGGAAUUUGUAUUCUGCCUGUAUUUAUUCCAGUCAGGAUUUAAAAGACUAUAUUUAAGACUAAAUAUUGGGGCUUUUCAGUAUAGUUUUUUAACAUAGUGUUUUUAUGUUUAUCAAUUACUUCUGAGUUGAAAUAUAUGCUGUAAAUAUUCACCCCCUUUUAAUAUCACCUCAUAGGAACAGAAAGGAACACAAUAAGCCGCUUUGACUUCAUCAGGAGCACCAAUAGCCUGCUGUGGAAUGUAGAACAUAGAAUCGCUUUCAUAACAGCAGUGUGUUCAUUAAUUAAAUACAUCUUCAACCAAUACCGUCUCCUACACUGUACAUGUGCAACAAUUUGUAAUAGUUAAAAAAAUAAAUGUAAAAGCGUUUUGCUAUCCUAGAUUGUGAUGCUAAACAUUUCAAUACUGCACAGCAGCUGACUCAAACGUACCCUUUGUGAACCUGAUCUUCGAUUUGCCAGCGUAUGAGGUGAGGUGGGAUUUGUAAGUGGGAGGAAUAUGUUUGAUCCUAUCCAGAGUGUUGCUAUUACUGCAGUGAUAUUAUCAGGCGCUGACCCACAUUGACUCCCAGUAUAUAGUGAUGUUAUCAGCUGGCCCCCGUUGACUCCCAGUAUAUAGUGUCUGCUUAUUUUCAUCCCUUUGAACUGUCCCAGAGUUGUGAUAUUAAAAGAAGUGAUAUGAAACAGUUUUGACGGUGGUUGAAGUACGUACUUUAUAUUAGAAUCCCUUGCCAUCCCUUGUAAUAUGACCCCAUCAGUUUGGGGUUAAAAGUUGAUAACUACACUUAACCCCAAGUUGAUGGGAGAUCCUAACUUAUUCUAACUUAUUCACUAAAACAAUUAUAGCAUAUCAACACAGUACAUAGUUCUUUUAUUGAAAAGUGUUGUUAAAUAUAUAGUGAAAUAUUUGGGACAGCAUAAAGAAACCUGCUGAGAUCAUAUGUUUAUCCAAAUAUAUUAGAACAUAUUUCACAAUUCAUUGGCCAUCUAUAUAUUGUUUAAUAAAUACGACAAAAUAUUUGAAUAAAUAUAUGUCCUCAUAUGAAAAGCAGUAGUUAUCAUCCCAUCUAUCUCACUAUAUAAUACUGUUGCACAAUAUAAUUGGUCAUUUACAAUAUUAAAUACUAUUUAUUAAUACUAAAUUACAAUAUGUUGCUAAAAAGGUUUGACACUGAAUUUUGUCCCUCAGCAAACCCCCCCAAAAAAAAUUAUAAAAAGGAAGAAUAAACAGUAAAAACAGAA